GCGGCCGGAGGCGGAGAGGCGGGAGAGCCUGGUGUCCAGGCGAUGGAGAACCAAAUUUCUCCCAAGGCCGAGGGGGCCGAGGUGGCCGAGCUGGAGCUUGAGGCCGCGAUCGGCUUCAAUGGACAUGUGCCCACUGGUCUGAAAUGCCAUCCUGACGAGGAGCAUCUGAUUUACCCUCUGGGCUGCACAGUCCUGAUUCAGGCAAUAAACACUCAGGAGCAGAACUUUCUCCAGGGCCACAGUAACAACGUCUCCUGUAUGACCAUCUCCAGGAGUGGGGUGUACCUUGCCUCGGGGCAAGUCACGUUCAUGGGCUUCAAGGCAGAUAUCAUUUUGUGGGAUUAUCAGAAAAGGGAGCUGAUUGCCCGGCUAUCCCUUCACAAGGGCAAAAUUGAAGCGCUGGCCUUCUCCCCAAAUGAUUUGUACUUGGUAUCCCUAGGAGGCCCAGAUGACGGCAGCGUGGUGGUGUGGAGCAUCGCCAAGAGGGAAGCCAUCUGCGGCAGCCCGGCUGCCGGCCUCAACGUGGGCAACGCCACCACCGUGGUCUUCUCCAGGUGCCGAGACGAGAUGUUUAUCACUGCGGGAAACGGGACAAUUCGAGUAUGGGAACUGGAUCUCCCAAACAGAAAAAUCUGGCCAACGGAGUGCCAGACCGGUCAGAUGAAAAGAAUAGUCAUGAGUAUUACGAUGGCCAACGACGAUAGCUUUUUCUACCUUGGCACCACCACUGGGGAUAUUCUGAAAAUGAACCCGAAGACAAAGCUGCUGGCAGACACUGGGCCUGUGAAGGACAAAUUUAGCCUGGGAGUAUCUGCUAUCAAGUGCCUGAAGACGGGGGACUUGUUGGUGGGUUCCGGAGCCGGACUGCUGGUCUUCUGUAAGAGCCCCAGCUACAAACCCAUCAAGAAAAUCCAGUUACAAGGCAGCGUCACUUCUAUCACACUUCGAGGGGAAGGGCACCAGAUUUUUGUAGGAACAGAAGAAUCGCACAUUUACCGGGUCAACUUCAUGGAUUUCAAAGAGACUCUCAUCGCAACGUGUCACUUUGAAGCUGUCCAGGACAUCGUCUUCCCAUUCGGCACUGCCGAGCUAUUUGCCACCUGCGCCAAGAAAGACAUCAGGGUGUGGCACACGGUGUCCAACCGGGAGCUGCUGCGGAUCACCGUGCCCAACAUGACCUGCCACGGCAUUGACUUCAUGAGAGACGGCAAGAGCAUCAUUUCCGCGUGGGACGACGGGAGAAUCCGAGCCUUCGCCCCAGAGACAGGCCGGUUGAUGUACGUCAUUAACAACGCCCACAGGAUCGGAGUGACAGCCGUUGCUACCACCAGUGACUGUAAAAGUGUCAUCAGCGGCGGUGGCGAAGGGGAGGUGAGGGUGUGGCAGAUAGGCUGUCACACCCAGAAGCUGGAGGAGGCCCUGAAGGAGCAUAAAUCCUCCGUGUCCUGCAUUAGGGUGAAGAAGAACAACGAGGAGUGUGUCACGGCCAGCACGGAUGGGACCUGUGUCAUUUGGGACCUUGUGCGUCUUAGGAGGAAUCAGAUGAUCCUGGCAAACACCUUAUUCCAGUGUGUUUGUUACCACCCCGAAGAGUUCCAGAUCAUCACCAGUGGCACAGACAGAAAGAUUGCUUACUGGGAAGUAUUUGAUGGUUCAGUGAUCAGAGAGCUGGAAGGUUCCUUGUCCGGGUCGAUCAACGGAAUGGAUAUCACCGCGGAAGGGGUGCACUUUGUCACAGGUGGGAACGACCAUCUGGUCAAAGUUUGGGAUUAUAACGGAGGGGAGGUGACUCACGUCGGGGUGGGGCACAGUGGCAACAUCACCCGCAUCCGGAUAAGUCCAGGAAAUCAUUACAUCAUCAGCGUAAGUGCUGAUGGAGCUGUUCUGAGAUGGAAGUACCCGUUCACCUCUUGAGUGCCGCAUCGACUUCCGGGAUCCAGAAGGCUGACCUCACAGAACCCCAAAGAUGGGUCCUGACUUCUCACAUCCGUGAUUUUGUUCUUUAGUCAAAGCGUUUCACAGUUCAAACUUUUCUUAACAGAAUGCAUUUUACCUUCCUAAAUUGUGGAUUAAAAUCGCUGUGUGUUCAAGAAUAUGUUGUCUGGACUGUAAUUAAAUGUUUCUUUUUUAUGAUGAA